AUGGAAUCGGCGGCUGUGGCCGUGCGCGGCGUGACUUUCGACCUGGACGACACGCUGUGGUGCGGUAAGACCGUGAUCCGCAAGGCCAGCGCCGCCUUCCACGCGUAUCUGGCGCAGGAGACGCCGCAACUGGCGGACAAGUUCCCACCCGUGGCGUUCGACGCGCUGCUCGUCGAAUUCCAGCGCGCACUACCGGAUCAUGCGCACGACUACACAUUCCUCCGCAAGCACACGCUUCGCCACUGCGUGGAAGUGUGUGGUGCCCAAACUUUGAAUCUACAGGACCAAAUAAAGCUCGAGGAGUUUGUAGACGCCGCGUUUCGAGCUUUUCUAGUGCCGCGCAGCCAACCGGAGCCGUUCGACGGCGUGGAGAGCCUGUUCCGGGGCCUGGAACUGGAGAUCAAGCGGUCAAGCGAUAUGAAAGAUGUUGCGUCGCCUGUUCUGGGGGUUAUUACCAAUGGAAACUGUGAGAUGAACAACUUACCCAAGUAUUUCCAGGACCACAUGCACUUCAUGAUUUCUGCGGAGCUGGUGGGCUCUGCCAAACCCGGACAGGCGAUCUUUGAUGCGGCGGUGGCCCAGUUCCCGGCCUCGUACAGUCGUCAGCACCUCGUGCAUGUCGGCGACCACUACGAGUGCGAUGUGCAAGGAGCCAAACGCGCUGGAUUGAGGACGAUCUGGGUGAACGCAACGUGGACGAAACCUGAUGCAUUGACUCGAACAGACUUGAGCAAUGAGGACGCAGAGCGUUAUGCUGCAGCAGACGCAAUUGUGAAAGAAGUGAAUGCUGUCCUGCUUGUAGUAGAACGUUGGAAUUCGCUUGCAUCUCAGCCAGAGUGA